AUGUUGCUAUCCCUUCCAAGGAUCAUCUCCUUGGUCUUAUCGUCCACCGUUCGAGUUUGUUUCGCCGUGAUCUUUUCGGCGUGUACAUCGCCGACUUCUGUUCAAGAGUUGUCAUUGCCAAAGAUACGGAUAUGUGGAAUCCGGAACCCAGAACACCUAAAUGAGCUUCGAUCGCUCGCCAUUCAUAGUGGACAGAAUUCUUCGUCAUCUCUAGACCUAGGAUAUCUUUCAGACAGCGUUUCGGAAGCUGUUGGCGAUGUGGUAGACCACAUAAGCGGGCAUGUUGAGGACCAGCCCAUAACGUCAGACUCGAACCAACCUGUUCUGAAAGGGUACGACCACAUUUCACACUGGAGCAUAGAUGCCUAUAUCAUUAGUUUUAUUGCCGCUCAUGUUGCGAUUGUCAUAGGUUUCGUCCGAUUUCCAAUGACGAAAGUAGCCGUUGUGAUAUCCUCAUCGGUGUCAUCUCUCUUGAUUGUAGGAGCAUCAGUAUCGGUGACCAUCUUAUACCAGCUAUUGGCUAAGGGAAUCGAUAGACUUCUUCAACAUGAAAUCACGGCUCAUCUCGGUCCACAUGCCAUGGCAGCGACGUGGCUGGCAGUAGCAUUCUCCGCUGGCUCCAAUUUGGUCUUGGCUAUUGAGAUGUGUUCCUGCUGUCUGUAG